AGUUUUUAUUUUAUAUGGUUUUCCUAAAUAUUGUAUCAAUGUGAUUUCUAUAAAAAGUGACUUGCACAGUGAGUUCAGUUUCAGAGAAGCUCCUACAGCUAUUCGGUCAAGAACAAUAAGGAUUGCAUGCAUAUGGUUUUUGAUUUAACAUAAUGAUUUUUCUCAAAAUAAUCUGUGUUCUAGCGAUUAUCAGUGCCAUGGUUAUCACAUUGGCGACAGCGUGGUCCGGUCAGUUUCCACAGUUUUACAAUACGUUUUCUUCGCCGACACGUUCAUCAAUAGCAUUUCGGCCAUUUUUUCAAGAACCGAUGCUGUCACAACGUUAUUUUGUGCAUCAACCUCAGUUUCGACAACCGCUGGAACUAUACCAACCACUGACUCCACCGCCGACUGUGAUGCGGCAAAAUUUGCUACCUCCACGCGUUUUACCCACUUCAUUGACGCCACAGGAAGUGACAACAACCGGCGUUCAUCAUCACGUAUUCCAUUAUUAUUUUUAUUUGCCGGCUAAAGGCGAAACAUCAACGACCGGCCGGAGAGGUGACAAUGGUGGUCAAGUAGCACGGCAGCCAUGCGGCGAUUGGCAUCCUAUCGCGACUACCGAAUGUCCUCCAGUAUACCUUCCACCACUACCCUCACCAACACCUCCAGUAAUUCAAACUCCAACACCAACCACACCAGUGCCUCCGCCGUCGCAAAGUCCUUGUAAUGACGACACUGUAGUUGUGGACAACGUGGAAUAUUAUCCUUUAGGUAGAACGCCAAUAGUAGUAACGCCAGUAAACGGCAUCCGAAAUGGAUCAGAAAACAAAAAUCGAGAUAGCUUCGAACAAAAUCACGUACCUAGAAUCCAGCCUAACUUCAUUUUGGCUAACUAUUUGCUGCCACCGGAUAAAUGAACAAUGUCAGAAUCGGAAUAUCACAAAAUUAUACGACAUACGUACAUAAUAAUAAUCAUUAUUUUUAUACAUAAUAUCAUUUUAAGCUGAUUAUUAUUACUAUUGUCUUGUGUAACAGUUAUUUCCGUUAGAUUUAAACUUAGAAUUUUAUUUAUUCAAAAUUGAUAUUAUAGUUACUGCGACCGAACGAAGAACACCUUAAUCACUAUACGACUAUUAACUAUUAUUAUUAUUUAUUAUCAUCGAUGUCGUUAAUAAUGCGUUAAGCGUUGUUUGUUGAAUUUAUAAA